GACUCCAAAUUGUCCAUAGGUAUGAAUGUGAGUGUGAAUGGUUGUUUGUCUAUAUGUGCCCUGUGAUUGGCUAGCGAUCAGUCCAGGGUGUACCCCGCCUCUCGCCCGAAGAUGGCUGGGAUAGGCUCCAGCACCCCCGUGACCCUUGUGAUGAUAAGCGGUAGAAAAUGAAUGAAUGAAUGUUCAAGUGGUAUUUGAACGUGUGUCUUUUAACUCAAAAUACUGCAACAUUUGCUUACUGGAAGCGUCAGAUCUGGAAGUGUUUUCCCACAGAGACACUGACAACUUCCUCUUUUUGGCUGCAAUGUUCCCUCAAGCGGAUACGAUAAUGUCAUCAUGCAGAACCAUUACAGGACAAGGAGUAAACAGAAUGCUGUAGUACUACUAUAACAAAUGACAACAGUGCUAGCAUACUUAGCUUACUACUUAGCCUACUUAAAUUAAAUCAGGGUUAUUAAUAUAAUUCAAAUGUUUUGUCAUUUUCUGUCUCUGAUAAGCCUUUAAAAUAAUGUUCUUAUUGUUAUUAAUAAUAAACUUCGUAAAAUGAACAAAAGUGAAUCAGCGUCAAAUGACGGUAAUCGAUUGUGUAGGUGUUCCUAAUGAAAUGUCCUGUAGCUUCCUUGUGUUCCCGCCCUCCAGGCGGUGACGUCACUUUUCUUUCUUUUUUUUUGAGAGUCGUACGUGAACAAACAAGUUGAGAGUGAAAGUUUUAUAGUCGCAGUACACCUCAGCUACAAGACAGCUUGUUUGCGAAGGGUGAACCCUUCAAGCUCCUUCAUAUUGGUUGGAAUCAAAGCCGGAAGAUUCUGUUCGUGUCCUGACAUAUGGCGCCAAAGACGAGUCUGUGAGCCGGUAGUGCCAUGGACCCGACUCUGUGGCAGUAUCAGUUCCGGGUCAUUAUGUUGGGAGACUCUACGGUGGGCAAGUCGUCCCUCCUGAAGCGCUACACGGAGGACCGGUACCUGGACUCCAUCAAUGAGACGGUUGGGGUGGACUUCUACGUGCACUUCCUGCAGGUGGAGCCCGGGGUCCGGGUCAAGCUGCAGUUCUGGGACACGGCUGGACAGGAGCGCUUCCGGUCGGUGACCCGCUCUUACUACCGCAACUCAGCAGGAGCCCUGCUAGUGUUUGACCUGACUAACCGCACCUCCUUCGACCACAUCAAGGAGUGGCACACCGAGGUGUGUGAACGAGUCCAGCCCUACAAGAUCCUCUUCGUUCUGGUGGGCCACAAGUGUGACAUGGACGUCCACAAGGAGCGGGUAGUGAGUCGGGAGGAGGCUGAGAAACUGGCCUUACUUUUAGGGGUACCUUAUCUGGAGGCCUCGGCCAAGACUGGUCAGAACGUCAAGGCGGCAUUCGAGCUGUUGGCUCGGGGGGUCUACCUGGGGCUCAUGAACGGGGAGGUGGAGGUGCAGGAGGGCUGGGAUGGUGUUAAAUGCGCGGCACCGCUGCCUCUACAGGCACACAAGACCAAUACGGCCUUGGAACGCAAGAGCAAGAAGUGCUGUGCUUAGACUUAGUUAAGAUUCAAACAUUACGUCUGUCACUCUAUGCUACCAAAAUAUUACAAACAGGUGUACCUAAUGAAGAGUCCAGUCCAGUGAGUAUUCCCCCUCUUGCGGCUGCUCAACAUCCGACAACGCGAACGAGUGAUUGCUUAACGCUCGGAUGUUGACAAUUAUUUAAAAAAAAAUUAGAAUGCUCCAGGGUACAUUAGGGUAUCGUUGCGGAGUGAUGUUUGAAAAGUCUUCAAGGCAAUUACUGUCGCUCGGUGUGACGAAUGAGCCUCCUGCGUCCCUGCAACCCAAUUUAUUUUGCCUCUAAGACACUCUCUCUCUCCCCCCCUAAGACUCACUACAGCUACUGUGCUGUGCAAGAUUGUUCUUUGUAAAUAAACAGCAAGUGAAGUGAUUAAAUGUCACUUUAUGCCCUUUUAAAGUCACUCCCAACACCAAUGAAGCUCUGUGUGGUACAUUAGUCGCGUGCUUUUUACUUCUACUGCAGGCUUUUCAGUCUUAAUUGUGGACAGAGGCCAGCGCUAAAUUGCAUAGUUCCGUAGAUAUUCGCUUCCUGCGAAUGCCUUUAAGUUGGUGUAUGACUUAAUGGUUUGUCAAAAUAGAUUUUUCGCCACCAAAUAUCAGUUUGCAGUCGUUAUUUACCUAAUAUUUCACCACAAUUUUAGAUAUACUAUGUUCUUCAGCUGUGACAUAACCAAUCAAGUAUUUACUGGGAAAUAUUUGCAGAUCUAGAAAGUGCUCGCCGCCGCCUUUAAUUUGAGGUAUGACUCAAUAAGGUUUGUUGUAAAUACUUUUUUGAUCGCUAACACCAAUUAGCAGUCGCUACCUACCUACCGUGUCUUGAAGCAGCAAGGCACAAACACAGAUGAUAAUGUUUUAAUGACAUGAGCAGAAACAAAAAUAGUCAUUAGAGAUACAUUAGUAUGGUGUUGGCAAUACACUGCAAAAUUAGGAAGACAAUGAAAUACUAACGUCAACAAAUACAAAUCUUCACCGAUCCUUUGAUACCUUACUUGGGGGGGAAACGAAACCAAAACAAGGGUGUAACUGACGCAGAAAAUAAAUGGGGGUCUUGCUACUUUUUGGUCGUCUUGCGGAUCAGAGCCAUCCUCUGAAAUGACAAGAAAACGCAACAUGGGAGGAGUAGUUGGCUACCAUUUUUAUUACUAUUAUUAUUAAUUGCGUUACCUGUUUGUGAGCCUCUGUGGUGCACGCCUUCUUAAACGGCCGGAUCUCAUCUGAGCCGUAACCCGGGAUCCACAUGUUCCACUGGCGCUCUUGGGGAACACAAUUUAAAUAAAUGGAUGCAAAUAGAAAUACAUUUAACCUCACAACCCACACAGCUAAUAUUGCUGCUGUCUGAUACAUUAUUAUCAGUCAAAUUUACGAGAAUAAAGUCGUAAGUGUAUGAGAAAAAAAGUCCGUAAUAUUACCUUUGACCAAGUCCAAAGGUCACUGAAGACCCCCCCUUUUCAUAGCAUGAAGUUCCGAUUUUUUUUCUAGUAAACUUGGGAUUUAUUGUUAUAUUAUGAGUCUUUUUUCUGGUAAAUUUACAUUUUAUUGUCGAAAUUGCCAAUUAUUUUAAUACUCGGUCCUAACAGCCAUUGCCUGAGACGGUGAUGCAAAGGUGGGGCAUAAGCAAGGCUGACGUAGCCAUGCUAAUCUGUAUUGUGCUCAACUGCUCUGUUUUGUUAGCGCCUUAUGUAAAUAAAAGCUUGCCUGAAGCAAGAGGAAAGUUUCCUUCCUUCCUUGCUGUCACAAUUACACGUAAUAUUACAACUUUGUCAUAGUAAAAUACAACGACUGAAUCUAUAUGUUUUAACAAGGACAUAAAAACACUGCAGUACAGCGUUAACGGCUCCAGGACAAGAGGCACGGUGAGACUCGUAGGUUGAUUGUUUAAAUUAAUACGGUUUAAACAAGUUUAUGCCUGUCUGAGAAAAGUGUAUAAAGUGUACGGUGAGGGGUUCUGCUGCAUUAAAAACAUAUAUAAUUAAUUUUAAAAAUUAAUCAUGUUUGCUGCUUCACCCGUUUCACUUAUUGAGGACUAUUUUGGGACCCUAUCCUCCAUGAUAAACGAGGGGACACUAUAGUUAAAGUAUGUUUUAGACCACCAGCAAAAACUGUGACUUAAAGAAGAAAACUAAAUAAGCGGCACGGCGGUCGUGUGGUUAGCGCGCAGAGACCAGGGUUCAAUUCCACCCUCGGCCAUCUCUGUGUGGAGUUUGCAUGUUCUCCCCGUGCAUGCGUGGGUUUUCUCCGGGUACUCCGGUUUCCUCCCACAUUCCAAAAACAUGCUAGGUUAAUUGGUGACUCCAAAUUGUCCAUAGGUAUGAAUGUGAGUGUGAAUGGUUGUUUGUCUAUAUGUGCCCUGUGAUUGGCUGGCGACCAGUCCAGGGUGUACCCCGCCUCUGGCCCGAAGACAGCUGGGAUAGGCUCCAGCACCCUCGUGAGGAAAAGUGGUAGAAAAUGAAUGAAUGAAUGAAAACUAAAUUUUGACAAUUGGGUCAAAAUGAAAGUGAAACUAAGCGCAGACUCUUGAGACUGCACCGGUGUCUCUAAUGAGGUGUCCGAACACAAAGCCAUCUAGUGGUACUUUAUGUCAUGACAUGGAUUACACUAACUCACCGAGAUGUAACUGCACAUCUUUGACCUCCAAGGUGUUGGACUUGCGAUGGCGUGCCAGCUGACAGGCGGCCGUCACCACGCUCUCGAUGAAGUCGUCUGCAAUUUGCAGCAGCAUCUGUUGGGGAGACGUUGUUAGUCUUACCGUAUAUCUUAAAAUCGUGUGAGCCGAGCGGGUUUCACCUCCUCCACAUCCUCAUCCAGCUGCUCGUUGGGGUCGAUUUCUCUCACCAGGUCUUGUAGCUUCUUCUUACUGAGCACCUGAAACCAUUAUUGAUUCUGAUUAUAGCUUACAGCUAAUAAAAACAUU